CUAAACUUAGUAUGAGGAAGCAUCUCAUAGCAAGGUGAUUGCUUGGUGAGAUAAUGGAUUCAAGCAAACUCCUCCAGGAUACCAGAGGAUACAUUUGUGGCAGAUGCCGACAGCGAUUAUCCCCAAACACAACAAAUGUCGCAGAAAUCAAAUGCCCAGCAUGCCAAAGACUUGCUUCCAUCACUCCAGCUGCUCCAACAAAUAAAUCAAGCAGCAGCAAUAAUAAAGCAGAUGCCAAAUUUUGUAGCACAGUUUCUCAAGUCGUCCAAAAUUUCAAGAACACGUUUUCAGGCAGCAGGCAUUAUCGUCAAGACAUUGAAACAGAGAAACACAAGUCAAUGAAUUGUGUUCCUUCCCCAUUGGAGUUAUCAUCAUCAUUGACUUCUCGAUCUGACCAGAGACCAAGAAAACGUGCACUGCUUAUUGGAGUCACUUACAAGAACUGGAAGCACAAGCUUAUGGGAACUGUUAAUGAUGUCAAGAAUAUGAGACGUUUGUUGAUCGAAAGUCUUGGUUUUCAUUCACAGAACAUCCUUGUUCUUACAGAGGAUGAGACUGGACCGACUCUGAUUCCUACGAAGAAAAACAUAGAGAGAUCCUUAGAAUGGCUUGUGCAGGAUUGUCAGGGUGGUGAUUCGCUGGUGUUUUAUUACUCCGGCCAUGGCUUGCGGCAACCAGAUUUUGAUUCGGAUGAACGUGAUGGAUUUGAUGAAACAAUUUGUCCAGUUGAUUUCAUGAAAGAAGGAAUGAUUCUUGACAAUUAUAUUAAUUCCACCAUUGUUCAGCCACUUCCUGAAGGAGUCACUCUUCAUGCUAUUGUUGAUGCUUGUCACAGCGGAACUAUCCUUGAUCUUGUCCAUGUUUACAACAGAGAUAUAGGGAAAUGGGAAGAUAAUAGCCCACCAAAUGGUACUAGGAAACAUACAAAUGGUGGACUAGCAAUUUCCAUCAGUGCUUGUGAAGAUCACCAAGUGGCUGCCGAUACCUCCGCUUUUACAGACAAGGGAAUGAACGGCGCUCUGACUUAUAUUCUAGUAGAAAUUGUGAAGAAAUACCCAGGACCGACAUACGGUGAUCUAGUUGACCUCAUACAUGAGACUAUUAACCAAGUCAAUAGCAGCGGAAGCCAUUUCUCAAGAUUCUUAAGAUCAAAGUUUAACAACAUGAUAUUACAGAAGCCUCAACUUUCAGGUUCAGAACCAUUUGAUGUUAAGAAGAAACAUUUUAUUUUAUGAUCAUAAAAGAAUCAGAUCAGCUUCAAUUCCUACCCAUUUCACUGAAUGACAAGGUCAAGAUAAUCAAAUAAGCAAAUAAUAAUGUCUUUGUGGAUCUCUAUCUGCUCAUCCUAAUCCAUUUCAUAAUUCCAUCCCUACUUUCUUUUUUCUUUUUUUUAUCCAACAAUAAAAUUAGGAUUUGAUGAGCGCCGAAUUUUUGACACCCUGCCUGAGGUGAAAUCCUGAAAAAUAAAUUCUGAAAAAGAAAACAGCCUGAGCCGGAAUCCUAAAAAAGAAAACAGCCUAUAGCCCAGUAGACCCUACUGAGCAGUCAUCCAACUUGUGACUAAAACAGUCCGAACUGAUCCAAAGUUUGGAUCCAUCAGAAGAGAGUCUAGCUCGGAUUACAUGACGGACGAUAGGAGAACAGGCCCAACUAUCCCGUAGCCCUGUCAGCAUGUGCUCCGGAAAGAAAUUAAAUGGUCGCGUGACAGGAAUAAAUACGCUGAUAUAUCCGUACAUAGGCCUGUGUGAUAGGGAAAGGUGACAAUGUAAUAGAAUAACGGUUAUGCGUCACUAAAGAAUAAGAAAAAGAGGAAUAAAGGGAGAAUAUAUAAUCCUCC